AUGGAUCAACAUGUAGAGACCAGCCGCGAGCGCUGCGACCGCCUGACCAAGAAGAAGCUCGCGCUCACCCAACUCACCACCAAACUCACCACGGAGACAUCGAAGACUUCUGAGGAAGCUCGCCUAGAUGCAGACGGGGAUGCCGAUCAAGCAGAUGACAACUGCCUGAGACAGCUUACGCAACUCAUGGCUGAGCACGACAGUCCUCCUGGAUCUUUGAUGCUACCGGCAGAAGCCAUAGCUCCCUGGAACCGAGUUGCCGCCGCUCUUGAAAGGUGGAUCGUGAAACCGGUUCGCGGGUCGGCGGAUGAAACAGCUCUGCACCUCGUGCUACUUCGAGAUCAUGGACCCGCAAAACCCAGUCCUUCCGUGGUUGUUGGAUAA